AUGAAUAAGUCUAUUAGCAGCGCACCGAAAAAAAAUGAAGAAACUUAUCAACUCCUCGAACAACUCGACCAUAUUCUCAAACGUCCUGAAACAUAUAUUGGUUCAAACAGACCAUGUACCGAAGAAAUGUGGGUUGUUGAUGAAUCAAAUAUUGAAGGUCCAAAAAUAGUUAAAAAAGAAAUAACCUAUGUUCCAGGUCUCUACAAAAUCUUUGAUGAAAUUCUUGUAAAUGCUGCCGAUAAUAAACAACGUGACAAAACUAUGUCAUCAAUUGAAGUUGAUAUUGAUCAAGAAAAAGGUGAAAUAAAAAUUUGUAAUGAUGGUCACGGUAUUCCCGUUCGUAAAUGGGCUCAAGAUGAAUCUAUUUAUAUUCCAACAUUAAUCUUUGGCAAACUUCUUACAUCCGAUAAUUUCAAUGAUGAUAAAAAACGAAUUACUGGUGGUCGAAAUGGUUAUGGUGCAAAAGUCACCAAUAUUUUCAGUAAACAAUUCACUGUUGAAACUUGUUCAAAAGAAUUUAAAAAAGUAUUUAAACAAACUUGGACAAAUAAUAUGCGUGAUCCACAAGAUGCAAUAAUAGCAAAAGCUGAAAAUACAAAAGAAUUUACUCGUGUCACAUUUACACCUGAUUUAAAACGAUUUCAAAUGGAUACAUUAGAUGAUGAUCAUGUCUCAUUAUUUAAACGUCGUGCAUAUGAUGUAGCUGUAUCAACAGGAUGUCGAGUAUCACUCAAUGGUACACCUAUAGCAGUUAAAAAUAUGAAAGAUUAUAUGUUAAUGUAUGUUGAUGCUGAAGAAAAAGAAGUUGUUUAUAAAAAAGUUAAUAAUCGAUGGGAAGUUGGUGUCGCAAGAAAUGAUCAUAAUCAAGGUUUUUCACAAGUUAGUUUUGUUAAUUCAAUAUUAACAUCUGAUGGUGGUAAACAUGUUGAUUAUAUAACUGAACAAAUAUGUCCAAAACUUGUUGAACAUGUUAAAAAGAAAAGUAAAGCUGCUGCUGAAAAUCUUAAACCAGCACAAGUUAAAAAUCAUUUAUUUAUUUUUGUUAAUUGUUUAAUUGAAAACCCGGAAUUUGAAUCUCAAGCAAAAAAACAAUUAGCAACCGAAAAGAAAAAUUUCGGGUCAACGUGUGUAUUAAAAACUGAUGAAAAAUUUAUAAAAGCAAUUAUUAAAGAUACAGGUAUUGUUGAAUCUGUUAUUAAUUGGCUUGAACAUAAACAAGAUGCUAAAUUACAAAAACAAAGUGGUUCAAAAACAUCAAAAUUAAAAGGUAUUCCAAAAUUAGAUGAUGCAAAUGAUGCUGGAACAAAAAAUUCACAAUUUUGUACAUUAAUUGUAACUGAAGGAGAUUCAGCUAAAGCACUUGCUGUUGCUGGUCUUGGUGUUAUUGGUCGUGAUCGUUUUGGUGUUUAUCCAUUGAAAGGUAAAAUGUUAAAUGUUCGUGAAGCAACAACAAAAAAGAUGACUGAAAAUAGUGAAGUAUCACAAUUAGUUAAAAUACUUGGAUUAAAUUAUGGUGAAAAAUAUGUUAAUAAAAGUGAUUUAGCGAAAUUACGCUAUGGAAAAUUAAUGAUUAUGGCUGAUCAAGAUCAAGAUGGUAGUCAUAUCAAAGGUCUUGUUAUUAAUUUUAUUCAUUAUAAAUGGCCAAAUUUACUUAAACAUGAUUAUAUUGAAGUUUUUAUUACACCAAUUCUUAAAGUAACAAAAGGUUCGGAAGUCAUUUCAUUUUAUUCAAUGCCUGAAUUUGAACAAUGGCAAGCAUCAACACCCGAUUGGCAGAAAUGGAAAUGCAAAUACUACAAAGGUUUAGGUACAUCAACUGCAAAAGAAGCUAAAGAAUAUUUUUCUAAUAUGGAUCGUCAUCGUAUUAGAUUUAAAUAUGAAUCAACAAAAGAUGAUCUUGCUAUACAAUUAGCAUUUAAUAGUGCAUUAGCUGAUGAUCGUAAAGAUUGGAUAAAAUGGCAUACGGAAGAUAUUAAUCAAAGACGUGAACAAAAUUUACCUCAAGAUUUUUUAUAUAGAUUAGAUACAAAAGAAAUUAAUUUUAAUGAUUUUGUUAAUAAAGAACUUGUUCUUUUCUCGAAAUCAAGUACAGAACGUGCUAUUCCAAAUAUUAUGGAUGGUCUUAAACCUGGUCAACGUAAAAUUAUGUUUGUUUGUUUUACAAAAAAUUUAAUUCGUGAAAUUAAAGUGGCACAAUUAGGUGGUAAAGUUGCAGAAAAUUCUGCGUAUCAUCAUGGUGAACAAUCAUUAACAAAUACAAUUGUUGGUCUUGCACAAAACUUUGUUGGAUCAAAUAAUAUUAAUUUUCUCGUACCUGCUGGUCAAUUUGGUACACGUUUACAUGGUGGUAGUGAUGCAGCUUCAGCACGUUAUAUUUUCACUCGACUUAGUUCACUUGCUCUUUCAUUAUUUAAUAAAAAUGAUGAACCAUUGUUAUCAUAUUUAAAUGAAGAUGGUAUGAGUAUUGAACCUGAAUGGUAUUGUCCAAUAAUACCAACUGUUCUUGUUAAUGGUGCACAUGGUGUUGGUACAGGUUAUUCAACUGAUAUACCAUCAUAUAAUCCAUUAACCUUAAGUAAUAAUAUGAAAUAUUAUAUUCGACAAGAACGUGAACGACAACGUCAAUUAAAUAAUACACAUUCAGAACCACGAAAAUAUUCCGAUACUCUUACAUUACAAGCUUUAAUUCCAUGGUAUAAAAAUUUUAGUGGUGUAAUUCAAUUAUUAGAUAAUGAUCGUACACGUGGUGUUAUCAAUGGUAUUUGUGCAAAACUUGAUGAUCAAACUAUUGAAAUAACUGAUUUACCUGUUGGUACAUGGACACAACAAUAUAAAGAAACUGUAUUAGAAACAAUGCUUCAUCCAAAACGAAAUGAUAUUGCACCAACAAUUCUUGAUUAUAAAGAAUAUCAUACUGAUACAACUGUUCGUUUUGUUGUAAAAUUAUCUCAUGAUCAAUUUGCUCAAUUAAGGCAAGCUGGUCUUCAUAAAAGUUUUCGUUUACAAGAUACAUUUAAAUUAACAAAUAUGGUACUUUUCAAUCAUAAUGGUAUAUUACAUCGUUAUAAAACUCCGGAAGAAAUUUGUGAAGAAUUCUUUAUGGUUCGUAUUAAAAUGUAUAAUAAACGAAAAGAAUUUAUGGUUGGAACAUUAAAAUCACAAUCAUUAAAAUUAGAUAAUAUUGCAAGAUUUAUUACAGAAAAAAUUGAAAACGUAAUUAGUGUAGAAAAUAAAAAGAUUGGUGCCGUUGUUGAUAUGCUUGUUGAAAGAAAAUAUGAUCGUGAUCCGGAAAAAGUUUGGCGUGAAGAAGCAAAGAAAAAAUUUGCUAUUGAACUUUCUGCACAUAUUAUUCAUGAAGAUACCGAUCAAUUAGCUGAUUUACAAAGAAAACAAGAAGAUGAAGAUGUUGAUGAUGAAGAAUUUGAUGAUAGUGGUAAAAAGAAAGUCAAAACAAGUGCAUCAACAACUACUCGAGUCGAUACAACUUAUUAUGAUUAUUUAAUCAAUAUGUCAUUACGUAAUUUAACAAAAGAACGUCGUGAUGAAAUUAUUAAAGAUCAAAAAGAAAAACAUGAUAAACUUGAAGCAUUAUUAAAGAGAACUCCAGAAGAUUUAUAUGAAACUGAUUUGAUGAAUUUUGAAAUGGAAUAUCGUAAAACAACUGAACAAGAACGUGUUGAUGAAAUGUCUGGUGUUGCACAUCCAACGACAAAGAAAGGUGGUGAAAAAGCUAAUAAACGAGCAACAGCAAAACCACAACGUGCUGAAACAAAACCAGCACCACAUGGUAAACGUAUAACACCAGUAAUUGAUCCAGCAUUAAUUAAAAAAGUUAAUGAAGAAAUUCUUAAACGUUCAAAAGAAGAAAAAUCUACUGAAGAUAAAAAGACAAUUAUUGAAUAUCUUGUUAAAGAAGGUGUGACUGCAGAAGAAAUCACUGGAAUUAUGCAAAUGCGUUUUAAAGAGAAAAAGAAAAUUGUUCCUACUACAGAAAAAAAAUCAGGUGAAUCAGGUGAAUCAGAAGAAAAGAAAUUGAAUGGUACAACUGAUGAGCAUGGUACAACUGAUGAGCAUGAUGAAGCAAACAAUAUUUCUACAAUGUCAGGUGGUGGUGGUAAUGAUGAAUCAGAUAUAGUUCAAGAAGAAAUCGAACCGAAACGAAAUGCACAACGUACAGCAAAAGCAAAAGUUGAGAAAUAUGUUGGAGAUAAUGAAGAUGAUGAGGAUGAUGAGAUUAGUAUUGUAAAAGGAAUGGAAAUUGAUGAAGUUGAAUCUGAUUAUAUGGGUAGUGAUUCUGAAACAGAAAAGAAACUUAAAAAAGUAACUGCAAAACCAAAACAACCAAGAAAACCUAUAUCAAAUACAUCAUCUCCAGCUAAAAAGAAACCAGCUACUAAAAAAACUGAACCAAAAGAUAAUGGUACUGAUUCAUCACCAAAAGCAAAAAAACCUCGAGCUAAAAAGGAACCUGAUUCAACACCUAAGAAAGCACCUGCUAAAAAAGCAGUUAAACGAUCUAAACCUGAUGAUAGCGAUGAAGAUGAAGUCGUUCUAGACAUAUCGGAUUCAUCAACUCCGAAUAAAAAACCUCGUACACAACGUGGUGCAGCUGCAAAAAAAAGUUAUCAUAUUUCCGAUGAUGAAGACGAUGAAGAUUUUGAAUAA